GCUGCAUCUGUUCGGUGAAGCCUCAAAAAUGAAUCGUUUGCUGUUCACUCUGACCGUUGUCGUUCUGAUGGCUGCACACGGUGAGUACUGUACAACUUUGGAAUUUGAAAGGUAGAUUUAUAAACAGGUGUAUGACGUUUUGUGCUCCUAUUCAGGGACGUAAUUAAAUCAUCAUAAGUAAAGUAAGCCCAACAGUGACCAUACUAUGCAUAAAUUUGGCGUGGCUGUACAUGUUCGGUGAAGCACGAAGAGUUCAACUUCAACACAAGAUAGGAGCCUCAAAAAUGACUCGUUUGUUGUUCACUCUGAUCGUUGUCGUUCUGAUGGUUGCACAUGGUAAGUAUUGCACAACUUUGCAACUUGACAGGUAGAUUUAUCGCACAGGAAAUGUUGUUAAAUGUUGUUAAUUAUUAUAAGCAUCGCUGAAUGAUGCGAUACUGAAACAUAUUAAACUGCCGCAAAAUAACCGUCAAGUAUUUUCGUUGGCUUCGGCCGCCAGCGUGACAGGCUUUCUUCCCGUCAACCGCACAGUAAUCCUUGAAAGUGCAUGUAACAGCUUUCGUUUAUGUUUUGGUAUGAAAAUAUAUAAUCUUAAUUUGAACCAGGAGAAGAAAUCCGUGUUGAAAAUCAUUCAUUCAGUUAGUUUUCAUUGUUUCCAAAUGAUUUCUGUGCUAUGGAUGGACUCUGAUUUAGGCUCGACUUGAUUUGUUCAGAAUCAUAACUCAGUCCUACCGCUCUUUUCUGUUUGUUCUUUGAAAUUUUGGGGAUGUAUGAAUGUGGUUUGGAUUACCGCUUAACUCGACACUAAAGGACACUAAAGAAAAUUUUAUGCGAAACUAUUCUAUGCAAAAUUGUAUGCAAAUUAGCUGGUGGCGCAUUGAAUGUGCAGUUUUAUAGCAGUCGUGUAGGUCUGAAUAUGUAUCGUUUUGCAACUAGUGAAUAUACUGUCGUUUUUUAACUGUAUUUCCCUUCAUCAAUUGAGAUUUCAACAGUCCAAAUAUCUUUUAUAACAUAGCGUGCGUGCUUACCCUUUAGAAGUCCUACUGAGCCAUGCGUAAACAAGAUGAAGUGAGAAUUUUUUUUUGCAAGUUCCCCGCAGUCUGUCUUCUCUAAUUGCACCGUACACAGCAGCGUAAACACUAUUUUGAACAAUCAAAACCCUUGCUAACUUCGGGUCUUUGACUUUUAAAACAAUUUUUAGUGACAUGAGUUCAUUUGGCUUUGAUUUUCUCCCUUUUCCCCGUAAAUUUUGAGCUUUCCAUUCACAGUUAUCGGUUAACUGGAUCAGAUGUUCUCGUUCAAACCAAAGUCUAAAAUGUGGCGUGUUUUUGACCAGGCAAUGGGGACGUUUGUUUCCUUUUUUUUUGGUGCGUUGUGAGAAUUUUGCACUCUAUCCGGUACAAUAACUCGCGCAGAUCCUUGUUGUCGCUCUGAAAGAAUUUGCUCAUGCUUUUAGCUGUGCGUAUAUCGAGUUAUGGAUGCACUUCGGAAGUUUGGAGAGCACUCAAAAAGCUAGAGUUGCUCUCGGCUGCGCCUCGAGCUACUCUUACGCAUUUUUCGUGCUCUCCAAACUUCCCGCGUGCAUCCAUAACUCGAUAUACGCAGGGCAAACAUGAACAAAUUCUUAACUACCAGUAGUAUGGAGACAGUUUCAAGACCAUCAACUAAUACGUUUAGUGAUCACAGUUUAAGUAUAAUUCAUGUUCAUAAAUACAAUAAUCCUGUCAACAAUCAAAAUCCUGUGUCUAAAAAGAUUCAGGACACCGAUAUAAAUAGAUUAAAUAACUCUACUAUAAAUCGUAACAAAUACUAUUAUAGUAACAAUUUUGAGCAUAAUAGCGGAAAAACCGUUACACUUAAGAGACUUAUCUCAUGCAAAAAGUACAGUAACGUUGGAUGUGUCACAUUUCGGUUUUAAAAAUGGAGGUGAAUUGAUUAUUCCAGAAACAGGUUUUUCUUAGGUUUUUUUCAAAGACAGCUGCAAGGCGUCUGCAAUUACUUUAAAUCUGAAGCUAACAAAUAAAAUAUCACAAACCGUUCUAGAAUUGUUAAUUUUGAAGAUACACGGGGUCGUUGGAUUUAUAUAUCUUUGUCUCAGGUUGUCGGCUGGAUAUGAGCACCGAUUUAUUAAUCAUUUUUUACUUUAGACUGUAAAAUUAUAUUUUCAAGUGAUUGAUUAAAAUAAUUGAAUUCCACCCCCACCCACCUCCCAGGGUUUAAAUUCAUUCAAUUCACUUCAAUGGACAUUUUGCUUUGACGUCGCAUUCUCAAGCGCAAAAUAAAUGUUAAAAAAUUUUAUGAGAGCUGCAUCAAAGAGUAGACACAAACAGUGGAACCUAUAAAAGUGGACACCCAUGGAACGCUCGCUACCUUCCGUUUUUCUAUAAAAGAGUGAAUGGCGCAUUUGUAGUGGGUCUUUAAAUCCCAGAGGGAACAGUGAAAGUAACGUGCUAUUUGUACACAUUUUUUUAUCAUUUUCUUUUUUUUUAAUUUGUCAGCUUUUGCUAUAAAAUGUUAUGUCUGCGUGGAUACUGAAGAGGAUUGUAAGAAGAGCAAGUUGGAAGAAAACAAAGUCAACUUUUUAUACCCGUGUUUAGCUGAUGAGGGCGAUAGAUGCUUCAGAUUGUGGUAUAAAAGGGAAAAUUACGAUGCCAUGGUUGCGAUUGGAUGUGCUAAGCAAUCAUUCUGUGACGCCGAAAAGUCCCUUUGUGAUAUAAAGAGAGAUGGUGCGGACUUCCAAUGCGAGUUAAGCUGCUGUUCUGAAGACGGAUGUAACGCAAGCUCGUAUUUCACUGCCAACGUCAUCCUGUUGGCCGUUUCCUCCGUCCUGGGCCUGGCACUGCUGAAGUAAGCCGUGGAAGGCUUUACAAGUCUACUUUUCAUUUCGCUUAUUGCUCGUUUAAACUUGGCGUGGUCACCUAAAGUUUAGAUGCACUCAGUUUUCAGAGCAGUAGAGGCAACGGAAUCUCCCGUGCACGUUUAGCACUGCUGGCAAUUGUUACUACUUUUUAAUCACUUUGCAAGUUUUCACUUUUUGUUUUUCCAUUAAAAUGUUC